AUGCUCCCCAGCAACCACAUACGCAUCCUGGAUCUCCUGCCCGCCGGCAGCGACGGUUUGAAAGCUCCUAUUAAAUGCGUCACCCGCAUCGUGGCUCUCUCUGACGAACCUGUCUAUGAGGCUCUCUCGUAUUGGUGGGGCACCGACAGAGGCAGGAGAUUUAUCACCGUCGGAAACGAACUUACCUCGGUGACCGCGAGUCUUCAUGCUGCUUUAUUCCGACUUCGGCACCACAGUGAGACAAGGGCACUUUGGAUUGACCAGCUUUGCAUCAACCAAGAGGACACAGACGAAAAAUCAUCUCAAGUCCGUCUCAUGGGUCAUAUCUACUCGCACUGCACACGAUGUCUCGUCUGGCUCGAUGAAUUGGAAAGUGGUAUCAAGUCAGACGACGCGAAAGGGGCUCUCGAAAUUUGUGCAUAUUUGGCAAACAGAAGCCUUCCGAUACCAGCCUGCUUCCAAUCUCCGGACGCAAUACUGGGAGCUUUGAAGGCUUUGAGCUCAAUUGGUCCCCAGAAGCACCCGUGGUGGCAUCGCCUCUGGACGGUCCAAGAAACAAUUCUUCCGUCCUCCAAAAAGCUCCUCUGGGGUCCGCUGGAGCUUGAUUGGGAAGUGCUCGAUCGAUUGGCCAACACCAAGACGGCUCUAGGGGAACGAUGGGCAUCCAGUGGUGGGGAGCUUACAGGGGCCGGAAACACGGAGAUCGAAAUCAACGGGGUAAUCGACGAGUACCUGAACGUUCUGGCCACCAACGUUCUAUCGGUCAACGGUGCAAACAAGGGCGACGGGCCGGUUUCAACAAUCCUCAAAUGGCGCCGGCUUCAGUCUACCGACCCGCGGGACAAAGUCUUUGGGCUGCUGGGUCUGCUGCCACCGGACAUGCCGAUGCCAUACACAAAGAAGUGCAAUCACAAGACGCCCACUUCUUGGUUAUAUCGUGCUUUCACCCUUGACGUGAUGCUAUACACGAAAAGCUUGGAACCCCUCCUCAUUGAGCCACGAACUGUUGCUGGGCAGGGUACUGGCAGCUUGCCAGGGUGGGCCAUUGACAUGCGUUGCCUGCCAAUGUUUUCCGUCGAUCCCUACUACCGGAUUCGAGGCUGUGGCAAAGGCAAAUAUGAUGCCUGUGCUGGGAGAAAGCUGGAUACGGCGGCCCUGUUAGAGACAGCCGCAGUGUCGGAAUACCACAAGCGAGUCCUAGGCCUCUCUGGUGUGAUGGUCGACACAGUUGAGGUAAUUGGUGCUGGAAUCCUCCUCGGUUCACAAACGCCAGCCCUUGAGAAAAUCGCAGCAGUGUUGAGGGGAUGGAUGGAAAUGGCGAGGCGGUUUCAAGAGGGCCUUGAUGGUGCUUUGGAUGGUGACAAGUUUGAAGAAGCAUUUUGCAGGGUCUUGGUAGGCGACUCCAUUCGGGAUAGCAAUCAAGAUGUAGAAAGACGACCAACUCAGGAGGAUCUGGUGGCGGUGUCUGAGUUUGUCAAAACGGGAGAUGGGCUCAUUAAUGGUCUGCCAUUCCGGCCUGAGUAUGUGGGCAACCAAACCUUUCUCAUCACAAAGGGUGGGAUGAUGGGUAUGGGUCAUCGGGAAACAGAGCCUGGUGAUGAGAUAUGGAUCUUUGAUGGCGGAGCAAUGCCGUUCGCGAUCAGGCCGAAGAAUGGCGCGACGACCACCGAUUUUGAUUUUGUAGGAUGUUGUUAUGCCCACAAUAUCAUGAACGGAGAAGGAUAUACAGAUGAGAUCAUUUCAGCGUCUCGGCGGACAGUCCGUUUGCAUUGA